CAGAAACUAGAUGUGGUCCAGAAAAGUUUAUUAGUAAAUUAAACUGUCUAGUACAAUUAUUGCUAAUUAUUUUUCAUUUAUGCUAAUUUUUAAUCAAUAAUGGAGAUCUAAAUGACAAGAUAAUAUCUUUCAGACAAUAAGAAACUAAAAUAUUAAUUAAACAUUUAAACAUCCUUAAAAUCUUCAAAACUCAUAUAAGAUUUCUGCUAACACUGUCAUAAGUAUAACUCAUAAUAUCUUAAUAGAUGGCAAUUAUUGUAAAAAUAAUAAUCCUGUUUUCCAUCUCUCUCACCAUUUAUGCUCUGUUGUUAACUCUGGUUAAAUUCCUUAACAAAGUAUGGUUGAAUCCGAUUCGAAUACAGAAAACGAUGAGGUGUCAAGGUAUCGAAGGCCCUCCGUACAAAUUUCUUCACGGAAACACGAAAGAGAUUAUCGACAUGAGAAAAGAAACCAUGGGAAAAUCCAUGCACGAUAUAUCGCAUAACAUAUUCCCGAGAAUUCUGCCUCAUGUGCAUUCGUGGGCUAUUUUAUACGGUAACUCGUUCUCUUACAUCCUUGUUUUUUCAUCGUUCUUACGAAAAAAAUUUAAUUUUUUUUUAAAUGUUUUUGUUAAUUUUUGGCAUACAGGUGAAAACUUUCUAAACUGGUAUGGACCACAAGCACAGCUGGUAGUGACGGAAGCAGAACUUGUUAAGGAAAUAUUAAACAAUAAAGACGAAAAUUACCCGAAAAUAAAUCUCGAAGGGCAUGCGAAGAAGUUAUUGGGAGAUGGGCUUUCGUCAUCGAAAGGCGAGAAGUGGGCGAACAUGCGAAAACUCGCUAACCGUGUUUUCCAUGCAGACAGCCUCAAAAAUAUGAUACCGGAAAUGAUUACGAGUGUGGAGACGAUGCUCGAGAAAUGGAAAGAAUAUGAAGGGAAAGAGAUUGAGGUGUUUGAAGAGUUUAGAUUAUUGACAUCGGAAAUCAUUUCGAAGACGGCUUUUGGGAGUAGUUAUUUGGAAGGGAAGAGUAUUUUUGAUAUGCUGAUGAAAUUGGCAUUCAUUGUUUCAAGAAAUGCUCACACAAUUAAGCUACCUUUCAUCAGUCGAUUCUUGCCAAGCAAAGACGAUUACGAAUCGGAGAAACUCGAGCAAGGCAUCCGUGAUUGCAUCGUUCGAAUAAUAGCAAAACGAGAAACGGAAGAAACUUCUAGAAACGAUUUUCUUGGAAAACUCUUGGAAACUAAUAAUAAUAAUCAAAAUAAAAACACGAAAAUGUCGGUUGAAGACAUAGUCGACGAAUGCAAGACAUUCUACUUUGCAGGCCACGAAACCACAACGUCAUUGCUUGCAUGGACCGUCCUCCUUCUAGCUAUCAAUCAAGAAUGGCAAGACAAAGCAAGAAACGAGACGAUCGAAUCUUUCGGACAAACAACAAACCCUAAUCCAGACAACAUCUCAAGGCUUAAAAUUAUGAAUAUGAUAAUAGAAGAGUCACUACGACUAUACCCACCGGUGCCGGCAAUUAAACGAAAAGUCGACAAGAAAGUUACGUUAGGAAAAAUAACUCUGCCACCUCAAAUGGAGUUGUACAUUUCUCCAUUGGCUCUACAACAUGAUCCAAACAUAUGGGGGGAAGAUGUACAUUUUUUCAGACCGGAGAGAUUCGGACAAGGGAUUGCUAAGGCGAGUAAUGAUAAUACGGUGGCGUUUUUGCCUUUCGGAUUCGGGCCAAGAACUUGUGUCGGGCUGAGCUUUGCGAUAACCGAAGCGAAAAUAGCGCUUUCGAUGAUUCUGCGGCGGUAUAGGUUGAUUGUUUCGCCGGGCUAUAUUCAUUCGCCGGUUCAGGUUUUUAUGAUUCGUCCACAGCAUGGGAUUCAAGUUAUUCUCGAGAAAAUUUGAUUAUUAUUAUUAUUAUUAUAACUUUAUAUUAAAUUUUAAAUUUAAUGUGUGUAAAGUGGAUAGUUAAUUAGAUAUUAGUUUUGUUAUGUAGAUAUAUGAACGGUUGAUUUUUCUCUCAUUCACUGAAUCAGAAUGCUUAAAUAACGCUUCAGAUUCCA